UAUUUUGUUGCCACAGACUACUUGAGUAGCACGAAGGAAGAGUUCACGGUCGAACCAAGAGCUAACUUUGCGAGCCUCGCCGACUGACUGGGUGUGUUGGUUUGCGUGUUUGUUUGAGUCCAACUGAAGCCCAGGACAUUGGUGUCCCUCCUGACCCGGACUCGAGCCCAUGAUACCCUUGUGAUCCGCCCUGUCGUGCUCACUACUUGACGCUUUGAAAUUGGCCCAUUCCAUUUCUGGUUGACUCCCUUACUCCUUCGCCCUCAAAAGUCUGUCCGGUCCGUGGCCCUUGAGCCUUUGUCUAUCAUGGCUGGAUUACCUCGGCGAAUCGUCAAGGAGACGCAGCGAUUGAUGCAAGAGCCUGUUCCGGGCAUUUCGGCCAUUCCUGAUGAUUCGAAUGCCAGAUAUUUUCAUGUGGUGGUGGCAGGUCCGGAGGGAUCUCCUUUCGAAGGAGGUGUGUUCAAAUUAGAGCUCUUCUUGCCGGAGGAUUAUCCCAUGUCCGCGCCCAAGGUCCGCUUCAUCACCAAGAUUUAUCACCCCAACAUCGACAAGUUGGGUCGCAUUUGCUUGGAUAUCCUGAAAGAUAAGUGGAGCCCCGCCCUUCAGAUUCGCACGGUGCUGCUCUCGAUUCAAGCGUUACUAUCCGCUCCGAACCCGGAUGACCCGUUGGCCAACGAUGUGGCCGAAUUAUGGAAAGUGAACGAAGUGGAAGCCAUUCGCAAUGCUCGAGAUUGGACAAGGACCUACGCCAUGGGCAACUGAAAUGCGCCUUCAACCUCUUACGAAGAAGAAUACCUUAAGACAACUAUCCACAUAAUCUUGCUAUUAUGAUCGCCGACGACGAUGACGAGUUCAAGUGUGUUUGAUCCGACGUCGGUCGCAAUCCUUUUUGAUCCCCUCAUUGUGACAUGGACCUUGAACCGCCUAGCUCCGCUUUGAUUAUAAAGAUAGAUAAAUCUACAUACAAUCCACCAGGAUACCACCACCCCCAACACCAUUUCUUCUGAUAAAAAUCACGUGCAUUCUCGUCCAAGGCCACACUCUUCAGCCCCAAUCCAAUCGCCACCAAGUUGAGAAGGUUCCUCCUCUCUUCACCGCCCAUUUUCGUUCCAUCUGUCUGGAUAUUCAUACACCUAAGAUAGCUAGCUAGAGCCCGGAUUUGCGACUGAUUCCGUGUAGGUAUUUGUCCCUCUCACCUCCGACCUCUGAAGCACCAAUAAUGGCUUAAAUAAUAUCAAGCUGCACUGUUUCGAUCGUUCAUCAUGUAAGAGGAGGACAACGGCAUUCAGGAGAAAAAAAAUAUAUUUUAUUCGUGAUAGUUAUCAACCAAA